CUCAAGGAAAGGGGAGCCAUCAAUUAGAAACACUGCCCUGCACCCUGAGGUUUGUGCACAUAUUUUUAGUUCCCACUACCUCUGGAGGAAUGAAGACAGCAAAUAGCCCCAUAAUCUCUCCUGAUGACAGACAGCUAAUCACAGCUACCAUAAUAUUCAAUGGUGAUAUUAUCUCCACCCACAGCCACAAAUAUCAACUUCUUUCUUCUGCAACUCUAUAUCAGAAGGCACCAUGCCAAUUGUCAGCAUAGAAACCACAAGCUGACCCAGGCCGUGUUGCCAACUUUCAUCUUCAUUUUUAACCUUUUUGAAAAAUAUACUGGCUUUUCGGCUAGCUGGUCAUGGAUGCUACCUGUUGAAUUUAAGAAGAUUAGCAGACCUUCAGAGCUGAUAUCAAUGGCUUAGAAGGAAUAGACAGAGCAACAAGCAAUGGCUGCUGUUCCUUGAUGACCCUCCUGACUGGUCAACCACUUGAAGCAACAAUGUCAGGCUUUAAGUCCUUUUUGCAUCAAAAGCAACAGACGAAAGCUCAAGUUGGAGGAAGCUCAUAUGACUACUCCAUUGACCUUCUACCUUCAUUGGGUGCCAGAACCAACCAACGAACUGGAACCAGGAAAUUCAUCAUCUCACCUUUCAAUCCACGAUACAGGGUGUGGGAGAGUUUCCUGAUUCUUCUUGUCAUAUACUCGGCUUGGAUUUGCCCAUUUGAGUUUGCUUUCUUAGACUACAAACCGGCUACCUUAUUCAUCAUUGACCACAUCAUCGAUGGCUUCUUUGCCAUCGAUAUUGUUCUCACCUUUUUCCGUGCAUAUCUUGAUCGCAGAACUCAUCAGAUGGUUGACAAACCGAAGGAGAUUGCUAAAAAGUACCUAUCUACAUGGUUCAUAUUUGACGUAUCUUCAACAGUACCCCUUCAGUCACUUUUCCUUCUCUUCACAAGCCAUGCGGCCGGAGUUGGUUUCAAAGUUCUUAACAUGCUCAGGCUCUGGCGCCUUCGAAGGGUUAGCUCCCUGUUCGCAAGACUUGAAAAGGAUAUCCGUUUUAAUUACUUCUGGACUCGCUGCACAAAACUGGUUUCGGUUACACUGUUUGCAGUUCAUUGUGCUGGCUGCUUUAACUAUCUACUUGCUGAUGGAUAUCCAGAUCCAAGAAGAACCUGGAUUGGUGCAGUAGUUCCAAACUUCAAACAAGAAAGCUUGUGGACAAGGUAUGUGAUGGCCAUCUACUGGUCAAUCACGACUUUCUCGACCACUGGUUAUGGUGAUCUGCAUGCUCAAAAUGUAAGGGAGAUGCUUUUUGGCAUCAUGUACAUGCUUUUCAACCUGGGUCUGACAGCAUACAUUAUUGGGAACAUGACAAACCUUGUUGUCCAUGGUACAAGUCGCACCAGAAACUUUAGGAGUACAAUACAAUCAGCCUCAGAAUUUGCUACCAGGAACCAGUUACCUCCACGCCUACAAGACCAGAUACUAGCUCAUAUAUGUCUCAAGCACAAGACAGAAGGGCUAAAACAGCAAGACACACUCAACGAUCUCCCGAAGGCCAUUCGUUCAAGCAUAUUGAAUUAUCUGUUUUUGCCGAUCAUUCAGAAAGUAUAUCUUUUCCAAGGAGUUUCAUUUGACUUCCUUUUCCAAUUGGUGCCAGAGAUGCAAGCAGAGUAUUUUCCACCAAAGGAAGACGUGAUGCUGCAGAAUGAGGCACCAACAGACCUCUACAUUUUGGUCUCAGGGGCUGUGGACUUCAUCAUACACAAAGAUGGGUGUGACCAGAUUCAUGGCGAGGCAGCCGAUGGUGAAAUGUUUGGGGAAAUUGGGGUUCUGUGUCACAAGCCGCAGCCAUUCACAAUUCGAACUAGCAAGCUUUCUCAGAUUUUGCGGCUCAGCAGGAGCACAUUCGUUAACAUGGUCCAGACAAACAUUGAAGAUGGAAACAUAAUAGUGGGCAACUUUAUCAAGCGUCUAGAAAGCAGAGGAACCAGCAGCAUGAGUAUUGACCCAGAAAUAAUAUUCUCCCGAGGGGGUCAAAAUAUAGACGAUCCUGUGACAACUGACAGGAGGUUACCACACACAGGCGUUGGAACAGAUACUUAUGGGCUGAGCAAUUCAGCUGUAGAGAGAAGGAAGAAUGGAACUUUCAUGCAUUUGGCAUCAGAGAAAGAUGGCUACAUUAGUAUCUAUGAUGCUAUCAAGCAUGGAGCUCACACAGACUCCACAGAUGCCCAAGGAAGAACUGCUCUCCAUAUUGCAGCUCUUACAGAGAACACAAAGAUGGUCAAGUACCUGCUAGAGUGUGGAGCAAAUAUGGACAAACCAGAUGCCAAUGGGAAAACACCAAUGAUAUUGGCUAAUGAGCAAGGCAAUAAAGACAUUCAAACUCUGUUCAAGAAGUAUAGGAACCUGGACCAGAGGAAACUACAGACAGCAGGGGAAGAGGGAAGGGAAGACAUGAUGGCCCAUAAACAGCAACAAAGAAGUGGAAGCUCCAGAGACAGCGACUCAAUGCCUGACAUGGUUGGUGGCCCUUCAAUUCCAAAUAAUAGCAGCAGAAUUGGUACAGAAACCUUGAGAAUUUUCAAGAAAAGGGUUUCCAUUCAUAUGCACAGGGAGAUGACAGAGACUUCCAGACAACAGCAUGGAAAACUAAUAAAUCUACCCGAUACUUUGGAAGAACUUCUCAAAGUUGGUGGGCAAAAGUUCAUAGGGUUCCAUCCCACAAAAGUGGUCAAUGAAGAAAAUACAGAAGUGGAUGACAUAACUGUUGUCCGGGAUGGUGAUCAUCUGUUUCUUGUUGAGGAAGAGAGAGAAAGGACAGAGUGAAAUGUGGAAGAGU